AUGUUCCAUAGCUAAUUGAUAUGUAAGAAUAUACUUAUUCUAUUUUCAAGAAGANAUUUUAAAUUUGAGAAGUAAGGAUUCAUGAUGAUUAAAUUAUUUUCUAAAUGGACUCUUAAGGAAAAGGCUACAAAAAUGUAUUUUAGAUUUUUUGAACACAAAAUUUAAUCAUAUUUUGAUCUUUUUUAAAUAUAUGAACCUUCUAUUGAAGAAAAUAAUGAUGAUGAUCAAAAUAAUAAUUAAAGAAUUUUAACAGAUAAUAUAUUGACUCCAAUUAAUUUGAAUAUCCUUAAUUUUUAAAUUCCUACUAUUAAACCUGUUACUUAAUUUGGAGCAAUUAAUGUAAUCUAUAUAUUUAAAUAUUAAUAGUUUGAAGAAUAUCUAAAAAAGAAGAAUCAGAAUAUCGAAUGA